CGGGAAUUCCCGCUGGAAAAGCCGCUCCCACACCAGGAUUCUGGGAGUUCCCAGGGCCGAGGCUGAAGGCCGGGGGCUCCAGGGGGGGAAACUGAGGCACAGAGAGGGGGGAUGUGCUCCUGAGCCAGGUGUUCUGCCCCGGAAAGGGAGCGGCGCCGGGAUCAGGACAGAUUGCGAUGUGGGGCAGUGGGAAUGGGCACCGGGAAUGGGCACCGGGAAUGGGAACUGCACUGGAAUCGAGACCUGGACCGGGACUGGGGCCCUGGGAGCGGGUAACAGGAAGGGGCACUGGAACCGGGACCGUGCAGUAGGAUCGGGAAUCGUGACUUGGACCGGGAUCGGGAACCGGGAUCGGCACUGGGGGAGGGUGACGAGGGCGGCAGCGGUACCGAGCCACGGGACCAGCCUCCCGGAGCGGCACCGGCCCCGGACCCGGCUCGGAACGGCCCCGCACGGAGCAGCCGCGCUCCCGCUGAGCCCGCCCGGCUCUUCCGGCGGCGCCGGGAGGAGGAGGAGCCGCGCGGGGAAGGUCACCGGGAGCGACACCGGGAGCGGCACCGGGACCAUGCUGCGGCCCAGACCGGCCGCGCUCGUUUCGCUGAUGAGGGCGGCGGGGGGCGGCCGCCGGUGCCGGGACCCCUCGGGGAGGGUGCGGGUCCCGUCGCUCUGCUCCGCGCCCCGCCCGCAGCCGGUGAUCGCCGCCAAGGAGCCGUUCCCGGUGGAGCUGCAGGCGGGGAAAACCUACGGCUGGUGCGCCUGCGGGCACAGCAAGCGCCAGCCCUUCUGUGACGGUUCCCACAAGAAGGAGGCCCCGGGGCUGUCCUCGCUGCGCUUCACCCCCACCCAAACCGGCCCCGCGCUGCUCUGCGGCUGCAAACGCACGCGGAGCCCCCCGUACUGCGACGGCUCCCACCGGGAGGACGCGGUGCAGGCGGCGCCGCUGCCCCCCCGCGCCUGAGCGGGGCUCGGCAGCACCGGGACCCCCAUCCUGACCCCGGCACGGACGCACGGGGGGACGAGAGGCUCCAAACCCCAACGAAAUCCUGACUCUGGCUGCAGGGAUUCGCCUCCCGGCCCCAAAUCAGCCCCUGGACCGUGGGAUUGGCGGGAGAGGCCUGGAGGUGUGAGAGUUCUGGGGGGGGGGCACCUGUGGGGUUUGGGAUGGGGGAACCUCUGGGAUCUGUGGGGUUUGGCAGGAGGUUCUGUGGGAUCUGAGCUCUGUGGGAUCUCUCAGGAGGCUCUGGGCAGCUGCCUCUGCGGUGUUUGUUCAUUUCCAAAGCCGGACCCGAGGUUUGCAAAGGCUGAACCAAGGAUGAGCCCUGGAGAUUGGGAUCGUUCCUGGAGAUUGGGAUCAUUCCCGGAGACUGGGAUCAUCUCCAGGACAAUAAACAGGAUUCGAACACGCUGA